AUGGAUAUCAGUUCCUUACCGCUGGGCUCCAGUGAGCUCCUAAUGGAAGAAGAGAAGAAGGAAUACCUGGCGAACUACAUACCUUUCACCAUUAUGAUGGCUUUUAUCUUCGUUGUUGGAUUGAUAGGAAAUGCGACGGUCCUUGUGAUCUACUUCAUCAGGUACAAACCCUCCACCUACAGGGUAUGUAUUCUAACUCUCGCUGCAAUUGACUUAUCUAGUUGUAUGAUAGACGUACCGGCCUACUUUGCUGAGGAGAGAUUCAGCUAUACUUAUCGUGCUGGCGGACCGUGCAUUGUGUUUGAAACUUUUCACUUCUUCAUUCUAAGUUUUUCCUAUUUGAUGUUGAGCUUCAUUGCAAUAGAACGGUAUCGACGAUCAUGUAAACCCUUUGCUCACCAGAUCACUCUAAACGAAUCCAGAUUCAUUUGUGUAGUCCUCGGGGUCGCGUGUCUUUUGAUUUCGUCUCCAGGUAUUUGGAUACACGGAAUCGUCUUAGUUCAAGUUGAAGCUGCAAAUGUUACGGGUUACAGGUGCGACGUGAUUGACAAAUCAUCUAAUCUCACAAAGGGUUACUAUGUGCUGUGCUUACUUCUCCUGUUAGUUUCAUUGAUCAUCUGCGGAACUAUGUAUACAUUGGUUGGCCGAGUUCUAAUAAAAAGAAGAAAUGAAUUGAAACUACAUUCUCCCAAAUCAGCAGUUGUUCCAUCUGUGCAGGAUGAAACCGUCGGAGAAAGUAAUACAACAAAGACCCCUGUUACCCCACCAGAGCACCAUGAGGAUUCAUCCUCGGGCGAAGUUGACGAUAUUGAGUCAGACCAAUUAGACAAAAGUGAAACCACUUCAACUGACCACAAUCUUAAGGUACACAACACUGAAGACACUUCAAAUAUAAUACUAACCAAACACAAACAGAAACCUAAAGGAUUUAUCAUGAUGAAGAAGAAAGGAAAAAAGAAGAAAAAAUCUAUAAAAUUAAAAAUGGCCAAGGAUUUGAGGAGAAAACGGUACAACAAAAGCGUUCGGAUAACCCUGAUGUUUCUUGUGGCUUCCGUUCUCUCUUGUCUGUCAGCAUUCCCUUUGCUUCUGCUCCAGACGAUCGAAGGUGUCAGUUCGUCUGCCAUGAAUUACAUGGAAACGAACUGUUUGUGGUUUGCAGUCAUUUUGGCUAGGUCUCAACUUUUAAAUCACAUCUUUAAUCCGAUCGUGUAUGGCUUUAUGGAUGAGAAAUUUCGUAACGAGUGCAUCAUGUUUUGCAAACGAUUUAAGAGUAAACUCUCGGAGAAGUGCUGCAGAAGAAAUCAAAAAUAA